AUGGCGUCUCAAAAGGUAUUGAUGCUCGGUGCGGGGUUCGUCACUCGCCCGACUCUCGACAUCCUCUCGGACUCUGGCGUCUCCGUCUCUGUUGCCUGCAGAACGCUCGAGUCCGCCAAGGCACUCUCUGCCGGUGUCAAGAAUGCCAACCCCAUCUCGCUCGAUGUCACUGACGACAAGGCCCUGGACGACGAAGUCGCAAAGCACGACCUGGUCAUCAGCCUGAUUCCCUACACGUUCCAUGCCAGCGUUAUCAAGUCUGCCAUCCGUCAGAAGAAGCAUGUGGUCACAACCAGCUACGUUUCCCCCGCUAUGCUCGAGCUCGACCAGGCUGCCAAGGAUGCCGGCAUUACCGUCAUGAACGAGAUCGGUCUCGACGCCGUCAAAACCAUUGAAGAGGUCCACAAGGAGGGCGGAAAGAUCAACUCGUUCCUGUCCUACUGCGGAGGUCUCCCGGCACCGGAGAGCUCUGGAAACCCUCUGGGAUACAAGUUCUCAUGGUCUCCCCGCGGCGUCCUCCUCGCGCUGAGAAAUGCCGCCAGCUUCUACCAGGACGGCAAGAUCGUCAACGUCGCAGGACCCGAUCUCAUGGCCACUGCCAAGCCGUACCACAUCUACCCAGGAUUCGCCACCGUCGCGUACCCCAACAGAGACUCGACAGGAUACAAGGAGCGCUACAACAUCCCCGAAGCGCAAACCAUCAUCAGAGGUACUCUGCGGUACGCCGGUUUCCCCGAGUUCGUCAAGGUCCUCGUCGACAUCGGAUUCCUCAAGGACGAGGAGCAGAACUACUGCAAGGAGGCGAUUGCUUGGAAGGAGGUCACGCGCAACGUUCUGGGUGCUUCGUCUUCGGAAGAGGCAGAGCUCAUCAAGGCUGUCUUGGCCAAGACCAGCUUCAAGGAUGACGAGCAGCGUGACCACAUCUUGGGCGGCCUCAAGUGGCUUGGAAUCUUUUCAUCCGAGAACACCACCCCCCGAGGAAACCCGCUGGACACCCUUUGCGCCACCCUUGAGAAGAAGAUGCAAUUUGCCGAGGGAGAGCGUGAUAUCGUUAUCCUGCAACACAAGUUCGAGGUUGAGUUGAAGGACGGCACCAAGCAAACCAGGCUCUCGACCCUUGUCGAGUACGGCAGCACCGACCCCAACGGCUACUCAGCCAUGGCCAAACUUGUGGGCAUUCCCUGCGCGGUUGCCGUCAAGCAGGUUUUGAACGGAACUCUUUCCGAGAGGGGCGUCCUCGCUCCCAUGAGCAGCAAGAUCAACGAUCCUCUCAUCAAGGACCUCAAGGAAUACGGUAUCUACUGCAAGGAGGAGAUUGUUGGCCAGUAA